AUGAAUUUCUUUCAGUUGAUUUUUCUUAGUUUUAAUUUAGUUUUAACAAGCGGAGAAGAUGUUACGAUGUUAAGUUACCCGAUGAGGAGGGAAGUUCUCAAAACUUUUGUCGAUGUUUUUCUACCAGGAAGCAGCGGCAGACCUGAACGAGGCAAUCCACAUUCGACAUGUUGGGUUCGAGGUGGAAUUUGCGUCAAAGUCCGCCAUUGCCCUGUAAUGAACCUGGACUCGACUGUCCCCGGCUGCAACAAGAACUGGCGGGUUUGCUGUCGAGUUCAGUCGAUGCUGUCGCCCACUGUUGGCGUUGCGAGAUCUGAACAGCUCCAGUAUGAUCUACACUUACAAGACGUGGACAGCUCGCUGAUGGAAACUUUAGCUGUAAACAAUAAAAACAUCUUUGAGAAUUUAGUAGAUUAAAAUA